GGUAUUCAACAGCAGCAUGCGGAAGAUCGUCGCAGACGACAACAAGAAGAGGAACAGAAAUUGAAACAAGAAUUUGAAAAACAAAAGAAAGAACGAGAAAUUCGUAUGCAGAAAAUGGCACAUAAUCCAUAUGCCUAUCAGGCCCCUAAAGUUACGAAUAGUCAAGCUACCCUGAAAUUUGGCAUAAGAAAGGCUGAAGCACAGGAACGUGAAAAGAAGAAAGUGUUGUCGGAGAGAGUGCAGCCCCUGAAUUUUGGACCUAACCCAACAAAAGAUAAGUUGCGGCAACUGGCCCAAGAGCUCGUCGAGAAACUGACAACCGCGUACGGAAAAUUCUUCGAUCUUGAGUACCAAACCGAGCGUUCUAAAUACACCAUACACGAACUGAAAACAAGAAUCAAGGCAAUGAAUAAAUACAGCUAUGAGCGGCAGGCGAAGGUUUCUGCAGGUGGUCUGUCAAACAUUGUGAAGCAAUUAGAGCAGGCGCAAGAUGGUUUACCAAAAUCCCGACUUGAACGUGAGAAGCAGGCAGGUAGUAUUCUGAGUAGUGGCGGAGUUAAAGCGCGGCUUGCUAUGUUUGGUGGAGGGUCGAACCAGUCUAAAAACAAUGAGGAGGAAACGCGAAAACAGUUGAUUGAUCUGACCAAGUAAGUCUUAAACUGCCACCAGCAUUGCAAACCCACCUGCAGCGAUCUCAAGACUUGUAGAUUACUCUUGCUUCAGAUUCCGCUGUCCUUUAACAAAUUAUUUAUCACAAGAACAGAUAUUAUGUAAUUUCAGUAUUUUAUUGUCCCUUGGUUAUUACGAAAAUACAGUAAGCCUAUAUUUAUUUUAAUUCAAAAAAAUACCUUUGAUUUGAGUAGAUAUCCUCUGCUGAUAAACGUUUGAAGUUAAAACAAAUCUCAACUGAACAUUCCAAGAGCAACUGUCUGUUUUAAACUCAAUAGUUAUAUCUUGGUAGUCUGUUGGUAGAUAUGUUGUUUAUUGUUGGUUCGUAAACAUUGCUAUAACGGUAGUGGCAUUACAUGCCUUUGAAUAUAUUGGGUAUAUAUACGUCAGUGUAAUUAUCAGUAUAAUUAUUAUCAAUAAUAUUAAACAUUACCAUUGGUAUUGUGUUGAUUAGAAUAUUAGUGCCCUUUUUUAGUGAUGUAUAGGGGACAUUGGGAAUUUUCAGAGUCAAAUAUUACACCCAAGUGGUUUAAACAACGCCAUAUCUUCCAUCCUAGCACCUUCACUUUUUCAUCACAUCCUCACCUCACACCUCCCUCCCCAUUAAAUUUUCCUAGAUACCCCGUGGCCUUUAUAAUAUGAGCAAUACUGAUGGAUAUGAGAACAUGUCAGAACAGUAGAACAUGUUUAUAGUAUUAUGGUUAGAUUUGAUGUUGUUUGUUAAUGAAAAGAAACUGAAACAUGAAAGUAAUCUAACGGUAAAACACACAUUUAUUUAUAAAGUUUACACAUUUUUGUAUUCUUUUACGGAAAUUCAAUAAAGAAGACACAGGCAUCGGUAGGUUUUAUGCGCCAUCGGUAAUAAUGCUACUAUUUUUAUGAAAAUUUUGCAUUUAAUUAAAUGACAGUAAUAUAAGCUCUCAAUAUAAGAUUGAUAAUCAGAGGUAUAGUAUAAAGCUACUAAUAAAUAUACAUUCCUUUCAGAAUAUUUGGAUUUGAACACUGUAUUGCACCGCGUGAGGAAGAACGAUUCCUGAAAUUAGUAAAAUAUGGGCAUAGACAUUACAUUAGACAAUAAUAGCAAUAAAUGUAGAUAGUGCCCUAUUAUCAUCGUAGUGGGAUCGGUACCUUUUAGAAUAGUCUCAGUUGUAAUAAUGAAAAACUUGUUCCAAUAUGAAGAAUAAUAUUACUAAUCUCUAAUUACGGACGCUAACUUUUGUAACGUUUUAAUAAUUUUAUAUUUCUUUUUUGUAUUUUAAUAAUUUAAUAACUCAUAAUAAAUAGUAUAAAGUACUGUA